GAGAGAGAGAGAGAGAGAGAAACAUCAAUGAUGAGAGAGAAUCACUGAUUGGCUGCCUCCUGCACGCCCCACACUGGGGAACUUAGGCCACAAUAUGUUAGGAACCAAUCCUCAGGCAGUCUGGCCUUGUCUUUCCAUGUAGCAGUGGCUCUCAAAUACCCCCUUGAAACCUGUUGGUUUGUGAAGAAGUUUUGCUGGUCUGAGGAAAAAUGCAUGGAAUUACAGAAUAGCAGCUAAUCCUUGAUGGUCAAUGGGAUGAAGUCCUUCAGUUCAUUCAGCCUCUAGAAUGUAUGGAAAAAUUUGACAAAAAAAGGUUCCGUUACAUUAUCCUGAAGCAGAAGUUUUUAGAAGCUUUAUGUGUUAACAAUGCAAUGUCAUCAGAAGAUGAGCCCCAGCAUCUGGAAUUUACCAUGCAAGAAGCCGUGCAAUGUUUACAUGCCCUGGAAGAGUACUGCCCUUCUAAAGAUGACUAUAGCAAGCUCUGUUUGCUUUUGACUUUGCCUCGUCUGACCAAUCACGCUGAAUUUAAGGACUGGAAUCCCAGCACGGCACGAGUUCACUGUUUCGAAGAGGCUUGUGUCAUGGUUGCAGAAUUCAUUCCUGCUGAUAGGAAGCUGAGUGAGGCAGGUUUUAAAGCAAGUAAUAAUCGUUUAUUUCAGCUUGUAAUGAAAGGCCUACUUUAUGAGUGCUGCGUAGAAUUUUGUCAAAGUAAAGCAACCGGAGAAGAAAUCACAGAAAGCGAAGUACUUCUUGGCAUCGACCUCUUAUGUGGCAAUGGUUGUGACGAUUUGGAUCUGAGUUUAUUGUCAUGGCUUCAGAAUCUCCCCUCUUCUGUCUUCUCUUGUGCUUUUGAACAGAAAAUGCUUAAUAUUCAUGUUGAUAAACUCCUGAAACCCACAAAAGCUGCAUACGCUGAUCUUUUGACUCCUCUUAUCAGCAAACUUUCUCCCUAUCCAUCAUCUCCAAUGAGAAGGCCUCAAUCAGCUGAUGCCUAUAUGACCCGCUCUCUGAAUCCUGCUUUAGAUGGCCUCACUUGUGGACUGACCAGUCACGAUAAGAGAAUCUCAGACCUUGGGAACAAAACUUCUCCAAUGUCACACUCCUUUGCUAACUUCCAUUAUCCAGGGGUACAAAACCUCAGUAGAAGUCUCAUGCUUGAGAAUACAGAAUGUCACAGUAUUUAUGAGGAAUCCCCUGAACGAAGUGAUACACCUGUGGAGGCACAGCGACCUAUCAACAGUGAAAUCCUGGGCCAGAGUUCAGUUUCAGAAAAGGAGCCUGCAAAUGGAGCACAGAAUCCAGGACCAGAUAGGCAAGAAAAGAAUGAGCUUCGAGACUCAACAGAACAAUUUCAAGAAUAUUACAGGCAAAGAUUACGCUAUCAACAGCAUUUAGAACAGAAGGAGCAACAGCGACAGAUAUACCAACAGAUGCUGCUUGAAGGAGGUGUCAAUCAGGAGGAUGGGCCUGACCAGCAGCAGAACCUCACCGAGCAGUUCCUUAACAGGUCCAUUCAAAAGCUUGGUGAAUUAAAUAUUGGAAUGGAUAGCCUUGGUAGUGAGGUGUCCACACUCAACCAGCAAUGUAAUGGGAGCAAAAGCAAUGGAUCUAAUAAUUCUUCUAUCAUUAGUUUUUCUACACCACCCCAAGAUUCUAGCCAGAGAUUAACACAUGAUGCUUCAAAUAUUUACACGAGCACUCCUCGUAAUCCGGGAUCCACAAAUCACAUACCUUUUCCUGAGGAAUCCUCUUGUGGAAACCAAGUCUCAUCAGAACAUUUGGUCAUCAAGCCUCCUCCUGGAGAUUCUUCAGGGAAUCUGUCAAGAUCAAGAGGGGAAGAGGACGACAAAUCAAAAAAGCAGUUUGUUUGCAUUAAUACCCUGGAGGACACACAGGCUGUUAGAGCAGUGGCUUUCCAUCCAGGUGGUGGUCUGUAUGCUGUUGGUUCAAAUUCAAAAACUCUGCGAGUAUGCGCCUAUCCAGAGGUCAUUGACCCAAGUGCACAUGACAUCCCUAAGCAGCCAGUGGUACGUUUUAAAAGGAAUAAACAUCAUAAAGGAUCCAUUUACUGUGUGGCCUGGAGUCCUUGUGGACAGUUAUUAGCAACAGGAUCAAACGACAAAUACGUCAAAGUGUUGCCCUUCAAUGCAGAGACUUGUAAUGCAACAGUUUCAGGACCAGAUCUGGAAUUUAGUAUGCAUGAUGGGACAAUUAGAGACUUGGCAUUUAUGGAAGGCCCGGAAAGUGGCGGAGCUAUUUUGAUAAGUGCUGGAGCAGGGGAUUGUAACAUUUACACAACCGAUUGUCAAAGAGGACAGGGCCUGCACGCUCUGAGCGGACAUACCGGACAUAUUUUAGCACUUUACACCUGGAGUGGCUGGAUGAUUGCUUCUGGUUCCCAAGAUAAGACUGUUAGAUUCUGGGAUCUUCGAGUACCAAGCUGUGUUCGUGUUGUUGGCACAACAUUACACGGAACUGGCAGUGCAGUGGCAUCCGUAGCUGUAGAUCCCAGUGGCCGUCUCUUAGCCACAGGACAAGAAGAUUCUAGCUGCAUGUUGUACGACAUCAGAGGAGGAAGGAUGGUACAAAGUUAUCACCCUCAUUCCAGUGAUGUGCGCUCUGUUCGAUUCUCUCCCGGAGCUCACUACUUGCUAACAGGAUCCUACGAUAUGAAAAUCAAGGUGACAGACCUACAAGGAGACCUCACUAAACAGCUUCCCAUCAUGGUGGUGGGGGAGCACAAGGAUAAGGUGAUUCAGUGCAGAUGGCACACCCAGGACCUGUCCUUCCUGUCGUCCUCUGCGGACAGAACUGUCACCCUCUGGACUUACCGUGGAUAGAGCAUGCCCAGUGCCUGUCUGGGCCGUGAAAGCGCGGGACUGAAGACUACUGAUUGUGACAAUUCCAGAUUUGAAGAACGCAGACUGACCAGGAAAGUGGCUUAGCAUGAGGAGGCCCUUUGACCUUGUAGCCCUUUGGUAGGAGCUGUGGGCGUGAAUUCCGCAGUGCUUUCGGUCUUCCACGUGAGCUCGUGCUGCUGUGACCUGCUGUGUGUCGUCUUGUUGCCAAAGUCUGCGGAAGAGCCCUGUGUUGUCAGUGUGCACUCCAGUCAAGGUGGACGAUGUGUUUACGGUUUAGUAUUAAAGCAUUCCUUGGUCUUUGCCGAAAUAACAGUUUUAUAUACACAUGAGAUGGAACUGUACUUUAAGCAUAUUAUUACAUGUAAUGCAACCAAGUUCUACACAGAUAACAUAGGUGUUCAGAAGUUAUUUUGUUUUUCUCACAAUCCCAUGAUAAUUGUAUCACUUGCCAGCUAGGGGUCAGAAUUUUAUGUCUCUUGAAAGUUACAUGGUGGUUUUCACUGAGGAUCAUUCUUGAGUUUAAAGAUGGAGGGAAACUGCUUCUUAGAUCAUUAUGUGGUAUAGGCCUUUUCUUUUUUCUUAAUCCAGGGAUAUAAUUACUAUUUUGUCACCUUAUUUUGUUUCAUGCUUAAAAGGCAAAUGUGUUUGCUUCAGAAACUUGUUAAUUUCAACUUUUUGAAUGCAACAAGAUACCUCCCUUCCAAACUGUACUGUAGGGCAGAGCAGCAGCGGGUGUGAUGCAACACUUGACGGUGCAGUCAAUUUACUGGCCAGCAUUUUCCUCUAAAAAAUGAAAACUUUGCCAUAGACUAUAGCAUGGCUUGAAAUGCUAUGUCUGCAUGAUAACUUAAAGAUGGAAAUUUUAAACUUUGCACUCCAAAAGCUUAUUUGGGUUUUUUUCUUGCACUGUUUUGUGUAAUGCAGAAUAAUGAUUUUAUUUCUACGGCAGCGUAGAUCCUAACACGUAUCUUUAUUUUCCUAUUGUACAGCAAUUUUACUUUAAAUUAUUAAAUAGGCUAUUUUAUUUAUUUUAAAUGCAGUUGAGUUGGUUCUAAUGAUUGAACUGUCUGUGCACUGUAUGUAGCAAGCAUUUUUAAACUAUUGUAUACAAGUGGAAAGGGUAUUAGAAGUGUAACUGUGCUAUUAUUUCAAUAAAGACCUCUUGACACCUAAAACUA